AUGAAGGAGGUGAAAAGCGAGCGGUAGCGGGGAAGCCAGCGAAGGCACCGGGACGAGGACAUAGUGGCCACGGCGGCGGUGGUGGUUAAGCAAGAGCGCCUCAGCCCGGAGGCUGCGCCUCCAGUUCACCGCCGUCCAGACUGCUCCCGCGGUAGCGCGUCCCCGCCAGCCGGCAAGCCAGGCCGCCCUGGUCACCGCGGGACCCGAGCCCGAGGACAUAGCCGAUCGCCGGCCAAAAAGAAAAAGUCCUCAGGAAGAAGAAGCAAGUCUCCUCGGAGUAAGAGAAGCCGAAGUCCUCACCAUUCAACAGUCAAAGUGAAGCAGGAACGUGAAGAUCAUCCUCCCCAGAGAGAACGGGAGGAUCGGCAGCACCGGGACGCAUCCGGACAGGAACACAGGCGAGCUAGGAACAGUGACCGAGACAGGCACAGGGGCCACUCCCACCAGAGGAGAACCUCUAAUGAGAGACCUGGGAGUGGGCAGGCUCAGGGACGGGAUCGGGACCUUCAGAACCUGCAGGCUCAGGAAGCAGAGCGGGAGUUUUAUAAUGCCCGACGGCGAGAGCAUCGUCAAAAGAAUGAAGUUAGUGCCAGUGGUAAAGAGUCUCAGGAGUUGCUUCCUCCACCUGGUGGCAAAAACAAAGACAAAGAGGUGCCUGUUAAGGAAAAGCCAAGCUUUGAACUUUCUGGGGCACUUCUUGAGGACACCAACACCUACCGGGGUGUAGUCAUUAAAUAUAACGAACCCCCUGAAGCACGUAUCCCUAAAAAACGGUGGCGUCUUUACCCCUUUAAAAAUGAUGAGGUUCUUCCAGUCAUGUACAUCCAUCGACAAAGCGCUUACCUCCUGGGGCGCCACCGUCGUAUUGCAGACAUUCCAAUUGAUCAUCCCUCUUGUUCAAAGCAGCAUGCGGUCUUUCAGUAUCGGCUCGUGGAAUAUACCCGUGCUGAUGGGACAGUAGGCCGCAGGGUGAAGCCCUACAUCAUUGACCUUGGCUCAGGCAAUGGAACAUUCUUGAACAACAAGCGCAUUGAGCCACAGAGAUACUAUGAACUGAAGGAAAAAGAUGUACUUAAAUUUGGGUUCAGCAGCAGAGAGUAUGUUCUGCUUCAUGAGUCCUCUGAUACCUCUGAAGUAGACAGGAAAGAAGAUGAGGAUGAUGAGGAGGAGGAGGAAGUAUCUGACAGCUAGCAAACUAAGAAACAAACUCUUGAGAGA